GCUGGUCUCUUGCACGAGUGUAUAUACAUGUAGAUAUAAACAUCACACAUGGUACAUGAUCAUCAUCGGUGGGGAACACUAAGAGAGCAUCGCCUCAGCUGAGCACUAACAGAUUCGACACAGAUUAAACCACCACCUCCUCUCCACCAGGAAAAUGGGUGUUUUUGUGCUUCUUACUCUAGCAACAUGGUGCUUUUCAGCUGUUGCCCUGGGCAGUGAGGUAGACUGUAGUAAGUACCCCCGGGGUACUGCUGAGGAUGGCAAAGUACUGACAGCCUGCCCAUUUAUCCUGGCUGAAGUCUGUGGCACGGAUGGCGUCACUUACCCCAGCGAAUGUGGACUGUGCGCACACAAUUCCGAACAUCAGAAAAACAUUACCAAAAAACAUGACGGAAAAUGUGAACAGGAAAUUGUGCCGCUUGAUUGUGGUCAGUACCCCAGGAUUAAAGCUGAGGAUGGCAAAGUUCUGAUAGGCUGCCCAAGGAUCCUGGCUGAGGUCUGUGGCACAGAUGGCGUCACUUACCCAAAUGAAUGUAUGCUGUGUGCCCAUAACCUAGAACAUGGGGAAAACAUUAACAAAACGCAUGAUGGAGAAUGCAAACAUGAAAUCGGCCUGCUUAAUUGUAGUGAGUACCACCGCGGCACAGUCCUGAUAUCCUGCCCAAGGAUCCUGGCUGAGGUCUGUGGCACAGAUGGCGUCACUUACCCCAAUGAUUGUAUGCUGUGUGCCCAUAACUCGGAACACCAGACCAGUGUUGGCAAAAAGCACGACGGCAGGUGCAAAGAGAAAACAGCUGCGCCUGAGUGUACUUCACACCGCAGGACGACCGCGGACGAUGGCAAAGUACUGCUUGUCUGUCCCAGGAUCCUGGACCCAGUGUGUGCCACAGAUGGGGUCACUUAUGCCAAUGAAUGCGAGAUGUGUGCCCAUAACCUAGAACAUGGGAGCAAUGUUAGCAAAAAGCACGAUGGGAAAUGCAAACAGGAAGUUGUGCCGGUGGAUUGUAGUAAGUACCCCCGAGGCACUACUGAGGAUGGCAAAGUUCUGACAGCCUGCCCACUCAUCCUGGCUGAGGUCUGCGGCACAGAUGGCGUCACUUACCCCAACGAAUGCAGCCUGUGUGCCCAUAACUCGGAACAUGGAACCAGUGUUACCAAGAAACACCAUGGGAAAUGCAAACAGGAAACUGCAAUGGUUGACUGCAGUGAUUAUGUUACACCCAGCCCCAGCUGCACGCUGGAGUACAUACCCCAUUGCGGCUCUGAUGACAAAACCUACGGCAACAAAUGUCUAUUCUGCAAUGCAGUCGCGGAAAGCAAUGGGACUCUCACCUUGAGCCAUUUUGGAGAAUGUUGAAUCCUCAGAGGUGCUGAGCCCUGAGAGAGAGCCCUCCUUUGCUUCACUUCCCAUUGGCAGAGCCUUCAUAAAGACCCAUCCUCAGCACAGCCGGCAUCCUGGGGGCUCUUGAUUUCUCCUGAGUUUCUUGUUCAAUAAAACAAAACUCA